AUGAAGUUCACUCUUGCCUCUACCCUGGCCCUGGCCACUGCAGCCCUGGCCAUGCCUGCCGCCGAGGCUGAAGCUAGCCUCGAGAAGCGCAACCCCAGCGGUGCCUUCAGCCUCUAUGCCUGGGGCGUCACCAGCUCAGCCAUGAAGCUCUUCUACUCCGACGGUCUCGCCUACGCCGGCGACUCCAGCGCCUGGCCCUACGGCUCCGUUACCACCGAUGUCACCUUCGAGAUCGCCGACACCGAAAUCACCACCACUGCCACCACCGACGGCGUCACCCUCGACGCGGACACCCUCUUCUACAUUCGCCCGACCGCCGACGAGAUCACCGAGGUCGGCUUCACGGGCAACGGCUACGACACCCCCUCCGACGCGGCCACCGACAACUUCCUCUUCUACGGCUCGUGGCUGAUGUGGGAGGAGGACUCCGGCGUCCUGACCGAUAGCUUCCGGCUCAAGGAGACCAACGUCUCGGGUAUCUAUCAGUUCUACUUCGAUUACUCCAACCUGUACCCUAGCGGAUACUCGACGCCCAGUGUUAUGGACAAGGCUAGCUGAGUCUGUAAAGUUCUGGAAGUAUGAGAGAAUGGUGAUGAUGGUUGGUGCUGUUGUGAG